UUUCAGCAUCCUCGUCCCUCCUUCCACUAGUCCUCUCUUUCCAGUCGCAAUGGCCCCCAUCCAAGUCAAAAAGGUCUGCUGCAUUGGUGCUGGAUACGUCGGCGGUCCUACCUGCGCCGUGAUUGCACUCAAGUGUCCUCAAAUUCAAGUUACCAUUGUGGACUUGAACCAAGCGCGUAUCGACGCGUGGAACAGCCCGGACUUCGAGUUGCCCAUUUACGAGCCAGGCCUUGCCGACGUCGUAAAGGCUACUCGUGGCAAGAACCUCUUCUUCUCCUCAGACGUUGACAGGGGCAUUCAGGAGGCAGACCUGAUCUUCGUUUCCGUUAACACCCCAACGAAGAAGAGCGGUGUCGGCGCAGGCUUCGGUGCGGACUUGCAUUAUGUCGAGUCUGCUACACGUCGUAUUGCUGCUGUCGCCAGCUCCUCCAAGAUUGUUGUUGAAAAGUCGACUGUUCCCUGCAGGACAGCGGAGUCGAUGCGCACCAUCCUUGAAGCCAACUGCAAGCCUGGUUGCCGUUUCGACAUCCUUUCGAACCCCGAGUUCCUCGCCGAGGGAACUGCCAUCAGCGACCUCUUCAACCCUGACCGCGUCCUGAUUGGCUCGCUCCAAACACAGGAGGGCAAAGAUGCCUGCGCGGCCCUCGCCAGUGUCUAUGCCAACUGGGUUCCUAAAGAGCGCAUUCUGACUGUCGGUCUGUGGUCGUCGGAGCUUUCCAAGCUGGCCGCCAACGCUAUGCUCGCUCAGCGUAUCUCAUCAAUCAACGCCCUUUCCGCCAUCUGUGAGGCAACUGGUGCCAACAUUGACGAGGUCGCACAUGCUGUUGGAUACGACUCCCGCGUCGGCCCUAAGUUCCUGCGCGCAUCUGUCGGCUUUGGUGGCUCCUGCUUCCAGAAGGAUAUCCUCAACUUGGUGUACCUCUCCGAGAGUUUGCACCUGCCCGAGGUCGCGGCCUACUGGCGUCAGGUUGUUGAGUUAAAUGAGUACCAAAAACGCAGGUUCUCCAAGAUCGUUGUUGACGCCCUCUUCAACACCAUCACGGGCAAGCACAUCGCCGUUCUCGGGUUCGCGUUCAAGGCUGACACUGGCGACACCCGCGAGUCACCUGCCAUCAGCCUCAUCCGCGACUUCCUUGCUGAGCGCGCGUACAUCACCGUCUACGAUCCCAAAGUGGAGGAGGCGCAGAUUUGGAUGGACCUCUCCGAGGCUUGCCCCCACCUGACGCUGGACCAGAUCAAGAGGCAGGUCACUAUCGUGCACUCUGCCCUCGAGGCAUGCAAGUCGAAAGAGGCUAUCGUCAUUGCGACAGAGUGGAAAGAGUUCCGUGAGAUCGACUGGCAGACUGUCUACAACAACAUGACCAAGCCUGCGUUCGUCUUCGAUGGGCGUCUGCUUGUCGACGCAGACAAGCUGAGGCGGAUUGGCUUCAAGGUCAAGGUUAUUGGACGUGGGGAAGUACUGUAAUUACUACACUCCUUGUUGCUUCCUUUGUGUAUUUUCUGGACACUCCCUGGACCAUAAUCCGCACGACGCUCUAAUGUGACGGCUAGAAGUUAUAGAUACCACAAUCAUUAUGUAACAGAAUUCUGAACCUCC